CCUUCCCUGUUCCUUCCAGCUCAGUAUCAGUAGCCAUUGUGAGUCCUGGACUAUAUAAGGCAGGCACCCUGUCAAUCUGAAAAGCAUCAGCAUCCUUGCAACAACCUGUUGGCUGCAAACUUACUGCAUCUAAGAGAAAGAAAAAAGAAGAACAACAACUGACUGAAGCCAUGAUCUCCACAUUAAAGAAAACCAUUAGACCAGUGUGGGCUGCCAGAGGACUGCAUACGUCUGUGGUGGAAGUCUCGAAGCUCCCAGCCCCUGAAGACACAGUCACAGCCAGCUAUGGGAAGUUCAUCAAUGAAGUAAAGCCCCGGCACUUGUCCUCCGUGGUGCUCCACCGCAGCAAAAGGAUGGUGCUGGACAGCAUUGGAGUCGGUCUGAUUGGCAGCACAACAGACGUGUUUGAGCUGGCCCUGCAGCACUGCCAGCUCAUGUAUGCUCCCGAUGACAUCAGCUCUGUGUACGGACGCAGGGGCACCAGGCUGUCCCCGACACUGGCAGCUUUCGUCAAUGGAGUGGCUACUCACUCCAUGGACUUUGAUGAUACGUGGCACCCUGCCACUCAUCCCUCCGGAGCGGUCCUUCCUGCUGUGUUAGCACUCACUGACAUGAUGCCUGCUAACAGCAAACCUAGUGGCCUGGAUUUCCUGCUGGCGUUCAACGUCGGCAUUGAGAUCCAGGGCAGAUUGAUGAGGUUCUCUAAUGAGGCCUGCAACAUCCCCAAGAGGUUUCACCCUCCCAGUGUGGUGGGGACCAUGGGAAGUGCAGCCGCCUGUGCUCGCCUGUUGUCUUUGGACCCCUCCCGGUGCAGUCAUGCCUUGGCUAUAGCUUCUUCUCUAUCUGGAGCCCCAAUGGCUAAUGCUGCCACUCAGUCUAAGCCCCUCCACAUCGGUAAUGCGUCACGUUUGGGGCUGGAGGCUGCUCUGCUGGCCUCCAGAGGCCUAGAGGCAAGUCCCCUGGUCCUGGAUGCUGUCGCCGGUGUGGCUGGCUUCAAUGCUUUUUAUGAAGACUACGUGCCGCAGCCUUUAGAAUCACCCGAUGACGACGGCCAUAUGUUCCUGCUAGAGGAGCAGGACAUGGGCUUCAAGCGCUUCCCCGCCCAUCUGGGGAUGCACUGGGUGGCAGAUGCUGCAGCCUCAGUCCAUAAGCUUCUUGUGGGGUUUGGCCCUGGCACCGUCUCCCCAUCUCAAGUCCAAGACAUCCUUCUCAGAGUCCCCAAAUCAAAGUACAUCGACAGGCCUUUCGCUGACUCUGAGCACGAGGCACGCCACUCCUUCCAAUUCAAUGCUUGCAGCGCUCUCUUGGAUGGGGAGGUGACUGUGCAGUCCUUCACACCCGCUGCCUUGAGGCGCCCAGACCUGCUCGCUCUGCUGAGCCGUGUUCACGUAGAGCAUCCCCAAGACAACCCAGCUAAUUUCAACAGCAUGUAUGGCGAAGUGCAGGUGACACUCGUCGGGGGUGACAUUCUGAAGGGACGCUGUGACACCUUCUAUGGUCACUGGCGCAACCCGCUGACCAAUGAGAGCCUGAGGAAGAAGUUCAGGAACAACGCAGGGGUGGUGCUUCCCUUUGAGAAGGUAGAGAGGCUGAUUGAUGUGGUGGAGGAGCUGGACAGACUUGGGGACUGCACGGCCCUUCUCUCGCAGCUGCAAUGAACACUCACAGACACAAUGAUAGCAGAACAGAAAUGAUUGUACAUAAAUGCAUUAAAAGACAUUUUUACUAAAUAUUUACAAUAAAAUGUAUUUAAAAUGACACAUUUGUACAAAUCAAUGCUUAAGAAUAUUACUUGUUUAUAUACCUAUUACACUUAAGUUGUAAAAUGUGAUCUAGUUACAUUGCAAAAGGAAAAUGAAGGAAGAUUUAUGUAUGUAUUUAUUAGGUUUAUUAUGUAUUUAUACUAUCAGAUAUCAACAUUACACAUGUAUGAAGUGUUGCAUAUUUCUGUACUUUAAACUGUUUUGUGCCCAAAAAAAAUGGAUUGUUAAAUGUUAAUUUAGAAUAAUAUGCAAAAGCUUGGAAACAUGUCAAUACAACAGAAUUUCUUCUUUGACAUUCCAACAUUUCAUUACACAAAUGUUGCAUUUCUGUUUGUGUGUUUAAUAAAAUUACAAAAAAAAA